UGGCGCGUUCGUUGAGGUUCUUACAAUUAAUGCACUUACAUUCGUGGGUUUAUUAAAGUCUUUAGUAUCAUGGUUAAGUGAACAUUUCGCAUAAUUGAUAUCAUUCUUGCAACCGUGGCUCGUGUGACGGAAUUGAUUACAAUGGUAUCACCGUUUAAUAUAAAUAUAAUCAGCAGCUCGACAAACGGACCAGGAUUGCAUAAUUUUCGUCUACGCAAGAUUUCUUCUCAAGUUCGUGAAGAUGAAGGGUUAAGAUUCUGUGACAUGCUCUUUGUCAGCUUGGGGGAUGCAAGAGGCGAUGCAGAAUGUUGUUGAUCGCAAGUAUCUCAACCAGUGUAUCAAUACAUGCUGACGACCAAGUUCCUCGUACCCAACUUGAGGUUGUUGUGGUUGCUUUAUCGUGAUGGUUCUCUUACCGGAAAAUGAGUAAGUCACGCUAUGCUCGUGGAAAUCCUGGUGAUUCUGGUUGUACUGCCGCGGAUACCCGGCGACUGCCCUCCACAGUGCGAGUGCAAAUGGAAAAACGGGAAGGAAUCCGUCAUUUGCGUCAACGGAAACCUGACGAGAAUCCCAGGCCAGUUGGAGGCUGGUACCCAGCUUUUAGAUCUUACUGGAAACAUUUUGAUAUCUAUUGCCAAGGACGCGUUCAAAAACGCCGGACUUCUGAAUCUGCAAAAAAUCUACAUCGCGAAGUGUCGCAUAAGGACGAUGGACAAAUACGCCUUUCGUAAAAUUAUCAACCUCGUCGAGUUGGAUUUGAGUUACAAUUCUCUCAACACCGUUCCUUCACACAUAUUCGAUUCUAUUUCCAAACUGAGAGAACUGAAACUCAACGGCAAUCCGAUUCAAAAGAUAGGUAACGAUGCAUUUUCAAGCGUGCCUCUCGUCAAAUUGGAGAUAUCCGAUUGCAAACUGGCCAGCUUGGAUCCAAACGCUUUUGCCGGGCUGGAAAACUCGUUAGAAUGGUUGAAAGUAGAUCGGAAUCGGUUGAAAGAAAUUCAACCGACGACUUUGACGAGCCUUUUGAGCCUCCAUGGUCUGGAAUUGUCAUCUAACCCGUGGAACUGUUCUUGCGUUUUAAGACCACUCCGGCAAUGGAUGCUGAAUAAUAACAUUCCCACAUCAGUCCCUCCCCUCUGUAAAUAUCCAUCUCGCAUAGAAUCUAAAUCUUGGGAUAAACUGUCUGUCGACGAGUUCGCAUGCAGCCCCGACAUAUCCCCAGUUCGGCCUAGUGUCAAAACGGAAGAAGGUACAAACGUGUCUCUGUCGUGCACAGUUACCGGCAACCCGUUGCCAUCGGUGAAGUGGGUCUGGAAAAACAAGCCGCUCGACAACUCGUCCGCUCACGCCAACAACAAAAAAGUAUACACGCUACGCUUAGUGAACAAGAAAAGCACGUUGAUCGUACACUCGACGGAAAGUUCAGACGCCGGUGUCUAUUUUUGUGUCGCCACGAACAAAGCUGGGAGAGUCGAGGGGAAUGUCACACUUUCGGUGACGAAAAAGAUUCCCGAGACGAAAAUCAGCGGAAAAAUGUUAUUUGGCUGUUCGGUGGUCGGGUUUCUGCUCCUCGUCGCGACCUGCCUCCUCCUCUGUCUUCUCGGGCAGCCGAGAAAAGAAAGCAGAGCUACGAAAGCGGAGAGCUACGAGAAAAUCGAAAUGGACAAAAAAGGAGAUUGCAUCAAUGAUAUAUCGGUUUCGAACAAAAUACAUCCGACCAUGGGCGAAUACAGAAGCAUCCCGACGUUCGAACAAGGAGAGGGUGACGACGAAAAUGGAAGUCCAAACAGUAACCACUCAGAUGCUCCCCGUCCAGCAAACAGGCAAACGACAAGGGAGUUGAGCGCUAGUAAGCUGUACUGCCAGCUCGGCGGAGUCCAACCUCAUAUUCUGAGAAAGGAGGUGCUCCCGACUGCCAGCUUGUACACGACGGCUAUUUCGGAAGAGCGAAACUACCCGGACCUUGUCACCUACCCUCCGACGUCUAAUACAGCCCAAUGCUCGGCUACUUUACCUAGGUCGAAAAUAUGGUACCCGAUGGUCUCGAGCAGCCAAUCGCCCCUCCUGGCCGGAAGCAGAUGCGGAAGCAGCGCCGGCGAGAGUUCGGGUUCUAACAGACGAUUUUCAGCCGAAUCGAGAUCUUCCUCUAAUUACAGGUUUGAAAAGCUGCCGGGCAAGAGCUGCGAGCGGUCGGUGAGUUCGCUGAACCUCUGCAUCGAACCAGAAAUAAGUUGUUCGCAGACGAGGCAGAAGUCCUGGCACCACCCGAGCCUCCCGACGUCUCCAGUGAGGUACCACAUGGCUCAUAAAUACGAUUCUAACGCAGACACUAGCGAAACCCCGAUUCUUAACUUGCUGGGAAGUGCCGUCUACGACUAUCACGCCGCUCAAUUGGAACGUUUCCUAGAAGAGUACCGCUCCCUCCAGGACGAGCUGAAUCGUAUGAAGGAGACGUGCGAGGGUCUGAAGGAAAAGUCUAUCGAAAAACCCGCCCUCUCGGAUUUUUCCUCUUAUCGUUACACUUCGAAUUCCAUCUACAACGAUCUCUUCCGCAAUUGAACUAAAGGUGAUUUCGUACAGAAAAAAAUUAAUGUAUGAAUAAGUGUUCGAGGAAACAAUGUUUUCCAUAUGAUAGUUUUUAUGUAUAAAAUCCAAUCAUAAUAUUAAAAUUAAAUUAAUAAGAAAUUAAGCUGGAAAGCGACCAAUGAACGAAAUUCUUCUGUAAGAAUUAUGAAUUUAUGUCAUUCUUUUUCU